UGCGCAUGCGCUUUACGGUUGAUCGGCGCUUGUUUUAAAAGUUUGCGCGCGCUGUAUAGUAAGAAUAUUAAAUUAUUAAUGAAUACAAUUAAUUUAAUGUAGUUUCUAUACCAAUUGCCGGUCAAUUUGACCUUGAAAGGAAAUAUCAAAUUUUGAUCCACCAGAAAAUAGAGCAUUGGGAAGUAUACGGUAUUCGGGCACCAUGGACAGGCCUAUGAGGCAGAAGAAAGCUGUUGAUUAUUCUCAGUUUGGGGACUUGGACAAUGAUGAUGAGGAUUUCGCCACCUCCUCUGCACCUCCAAGCAAGAAAUCUCGGGUUGAGACUAAGAAGGAUAAAAAAGAGAAACCCAAUAAAAAGACUCAUAAAGAAGAAUCUUUGUCACAACAGACAUCAACACAAAAGAGCAGAAUCUCGUUGGAUGAAAAACUGUACAAUAGAGAUUUAGAAGUUGCACUGGCUCUUUCUGUAGAAAAUACCUCAGCACACAGUGAAUCUGCAGAAGAAUGCAAAGAGGUUCCAGCAUUUGCUUCUGAAACUAGGGAUUUCGAAACGUCUUUCUCAAACUGCAGUGUAGAUACGAGUGUUCUAGGCUUGGAUGAAAUCACAUCUACAAAUGAAGAUCAGGUUGAUGGUCGAAGUCGGAGACAAGCAGCCUCUAAAGCCAUCAAAGAGCAGAGAAAAAUUCUUGCUGAUGAUAGUGGAGAUGAGGAAGCAGAAGAUGAAUUUAAGCCAACAACUUAUGAUUCAGAGAGUGAUUCUAGCAUCAGUGAGGGGGAUGAAGAAUUUGAAUUAAAGUCAAAAGCUUCUAAGUCAAAUAAAGCAGUUAAACUGAAGACAAAGGGACAAAAUGGAGAGAAAAAGGUUUCUAGACCCCAAACUGCUGAUUCAGAAAGUGAUUUAAGCAUCAGUGGGGAAGAUGAAGAAUUUGAAUUUAAAAAGUCAAAAACCUCUAAACCAAAAAAAUCUGUUAAACUGAAGGAGAAUGAACAAAAGAGAGAGAAAAACACUUCCAAGUCCAAAUCUGCUGAAAGUUCUGUUUCUCCUGUGACCAUUAAAAUAAAACCAUUGCCAAUGCAGAGAGUACCAGUCUCUUCACCUACAUCUGUAAAACCAGUGCACUCCAGCCCCCCAGUUGGAACGAUAAAACCUAAAUGGACACCUCCAGCUCCUUCUGGAAAUAUGAAAAAUCCCCUCGGAGAUGCUGUGAGGUCACCUAACCAAGGACUGCGCCUUGGUCUUUCAAGGCUAGCAAGAGUCAAACCGUUACACCCAACUGGAGUCAGCAAUUAAAUUUGGGAUCUAAAGAAAGAUCUGAAAAAUCUUUAAACUACAAGACUGGAUUACCCUGCUUUAAAACAUAUUUAUCUUGGAUUUAAACUAGAAAUCCUAUUUCAAAGUCAUACUUGCCUAAGAAAUGAAAACCAGAAUAUACAAACUGAUUUGCAAUCUUAUUUUGGGAUAGAGAUAUGUAUGUUCUAUUUAGACUAAUACUGCAUAUUUUGAGGGAGAUGUUUCAUCACAAGUCUAGGACUUAUUUAUUGAAAUACAAGGAGUACAAGAAUAUAACUUUAGACCGAUAGAAAAACUAAAGGUCAGGUUCAUUGUGUUUUUAAAUGUGUCCCAUGCACGAAGAGGUGUGUAUAGUGCAUUAUAAGAGAACUUUUAAAAAUGUGUAAUUAAUACAGUCUACUUUUUAACUUUGCCCUUUUUAAAAUGUUUGUUUUGUUACCUAAUUAUAACCAGAGCCUGGUUUUAAACUCCCUUAGUUGGAGAGAGCCAAGGAUAUAGGUGUAGUCCAGGUAGAACUGGUAUCGCCCUCGUAAGAAGAGCUGAGCACUUUGUAAAACAUCUUUGCCAAUAUUGUCAGCAUUAAGGUCUGUCCUCCUAUGUCAUACCAUAGGAGAUGCCACUAGCGCCAAUACUUUUUUAUAAUAUUUCAUAAAGCGGGCACAUUUCACAAUUAAGAAAUCUAAAAUGUAUUACUCUUUAUAUGUAAAUGGUGUGUUUUUUUUUUUUUUUUUUUUAAAUUGUCCAUUUUUAGUCCUAUCAUGCAAAUGUUUUUAAAUUUCUGAUAGCUGGUCCUUAAUCUUUACAGGCCACUUACAGCGGAUAUCUGUGAGAUCUCUUCUUAAACACAGAUGGUUUAAUUGGCGAUUGUCAUUAUAAUUUGCCUGUCAGUCUAAAAUUAGUGUUGGAAAGAUCUGUGACUCCCAACUGGUGCAUUAGAUCAAUAUAUAAAUAUAUAUUUUCUGUGAAAAGAUCAAAAGGUGUUUGUUUUUUAUGUGUAUUCUAGUUGUAUUUUAAAAAUAAAUAAAUUAAAUGUAUUUCA